CAACGGCUUGUCGCAGGCUGGGGCCGUUUCAGAGCUCGAACAAAGUCGCUGGACAUUUCUCAGUCUUGGUAACACCACGAAAGUCAUUGACUUCACGGCACCCAGCUCUCGACCAGAACCGCGAGGAGAAUAGCUUCCGAGAAUGGCCCAACCCAUCUCCGGCCUCCUCGACACCAGGCGCCUCCCUUCCCUGCUGUUGGCGCUCAUCGGACUCUACCUCACUGUCAAAGUCAUCCGGAUCAUCCAGCGCACAAUCACUGCCCGCCGUCGUUAUAAAGAAAUCCCCCAGUUGCCCCGUCAUCCGGUAUGGGGCCACUUGGUCAACAUGGGCGAGAAGCUCAACCCCGCUCUUCUAAGACACCCAGACUAUGCAUUCGAAGAGAUCUGGGAAUCUCUAGGUCGACCCCCAGCGUUCCUGAUGGAUCUGAAUCCCGUUGACUCGGUAUUCCUCAUCGUCGCGGAUCCAGAGGUCGCGGAGCAGAUCACCCAGCCCAACUCGGUAUUCAAAUAUUCUCUCCCAAAGAGCGACACGUUGAUGUCCAUGUACCGUCUCAUUGGCCUCGAAUCCUUGAUCAUUGCCGAGGGAGAAGAAUGGAAGAUCUUGCGAAGGCGGUUCAACAAGGGGUUCUCGCCCCAGCACCUGCACACUCUGGAUGGUCUGAUUAUUUCCAAGACUCGCGAUUUCGUGGACCGUUUGAAGCGCGCCGCGGCAAGUGGUCAGGUGUUCAGUCUCAAGGACUACUCACAGGAUUUAACCACAGACAUCAUCACCACUGUCGCAAUCGAGAAGGACUAUCAUGCCCAGACAACUCCAGACGGGGUGGGAUCAAAAGGUGCCUAUGGGAUGCUGACGGCGUCGAGGCUGCUUUCGAAGUUUGUAUACCCCGUCGGUAGGGGUUUCAACCCACUGGUCUAUUUUGAUCCUAUCAGACCCACAAAGUCCUGGUUCUACGAGCAGGUUUUCAACCGCGACUUGGCCAAGGUCAUCCGCGACCAGCUCGCGGCUGAGCAGAAACAAUUGCAAGACGCGGUCAAAUCUGGCGCAAAUGACAAUGGCCAAACCGGAUCGCAGAGGUCAAUUACGCGGCUCGCAUUGUCAGGGCUAACGCCAGACGAGGCGCUAAUCCGCAACACGGUAUCGCAGAUCAAGAGCUUUCUGUUUGCUGGCCAGGACACAACUGCCACGCUUAUUCAAUGGCUCUGCUUCGAGCUCUCUAAAGCUUCAUGGUCGCCAUCUUCAGCGGCCAUCCACGAGAAAUUAAUACAAGAACAUGAUUCAGUCUUUGGCAAAGAGGGAGGCCCGUUCAAUGCCCUUGACGUCCUGGGCCGCACGGAUGAAGAAUCUCGUAAAGAGACUGAAGCCAUCCUUGGCAGCCGCCUACCUUACACAACCGCGUUCAUCAAGGAGACGUUACGCAUUCAUCCCCCUGCGUCUACAGCACGACGGAUCCCCGAGAUCUCCCCGGAAAAUCCAACCCCGGUAACUCUGAAGCUGCGCACAACGAGCGGCGAGGAGAAAGAUGUCCAAGUCAAUGGCGUUAGGAUCUACGUCUGCGGAUACCUGGUUCACAUGAACAAGGCUGUGUGGGGACCUGACGCCGCCGUCUUUCGACCCGACAGGUGGUUGGAUGAGAAGUAUGUGGCGUCCUUGCCAACGGGUGCGUGGCGGCCCUUCGAGCGCGGGCCGAGGAAUUGCAUCGGGCAGGAAUUGGCCAUGGUGGAGGCCAAAGUGGUGCUUUGCGCCGUGGCCAGAGGUUUCCAGUGGGAGAAAGUGGGAUAUUCAGGCAAAGGGCAGAAGGUGGACAUGGAGAGACCGCGAGGAGAUGGGAAGGAUGACGCAGAGCGCGAGGUCUGGAGCGUCAACCAGGUCACAUCUGUGCCAGUUGAUGGCAUGACGAUGAAGGUUCAGUUGCGGAGGUAGAUAUUGUGCGUGACGGCUGGGCAUUGGACGAAUCUACAUAGAACUAGAGGGAGUCAUUUUUGGCUGGUCACUUCGAAGCUCGAGUCAUUGACACAGAAAGACCGACCCA